UGAUCGAGACGGCGAACAGGGUGAUUUUUUUAGCGACUCCAGGCGAAAAACUGCCAAAGUGGUCUUGUGUUUGGUAUGGUAAAAAAGUUAUAACGUUUAUAACAUCCCCUUUUCAACAAGCAGCAACAUACAGCAUCAGCGAAACGCGGCAAUUGUGAGUUAGGCAUUAUUGUUCACGUUCGGAAAGAGUAGUGGAGUGGCGUUUGACUGUCUCUGCUUGAAGGGUACGUACGGACUAAGCGAGUAAAGCCGCAAGCGAGCAAAGGAACGCUCUGUUUUAACGCCGCGUAAACAAGCUGCCACAGCCAGCACGAUGGUGGCGUCCAAAAAAUCUUUCGAAGUCGGCGAUUUGGUAUUCGCCAAGGUGAAGGGCUAUCCAUUCUGGCCCGCGAAGAUCACGCUUAUUGGAAAAAGCAAAGACUCAGUCUACUUCUACGGCACGGGUGAAAUCGGAAAUGUCAAGAAGGGCGACAUGUAUCCGUACGAAUCGUCGAAGGAGAAAUUUUCGACGGAGAAGUUCAUGAAACGGAAGGGCUUUAAAGAGGCGUUGAUGCAGAUUGAGUCUGCCUUGAGCGGCGAUGAUCCGAGCCCCCUUGCAUUUGAUGUAGCGGCCGUUCAGUCGGGAAUGGAUGAUACGUUGGAAUCUCAGCAAACAUCAAUCUCCGCUGCUGAGACCACGUUUAAUGAGUCGCACGUAUCGGCAAAUUCAACCGCGUACAAUGUGAGCAAAGUAAAGCUCGAAACGUCUGAAAACGAUAAUACCAACACCCCACAGACCGCCUCAUCUCACGCAAAAUCCAAUUCAAACACAAAAGCUAGCGCCACAAAGAAAGCGAACAGUGCACUCGCCAUGGUCCCGAAUAAUGGAGCACAAAAGAAGGUGUUCGACUCACCAGUGCCGCUGCAGGACGCGGUUGGUGCGACCGAUACGAAGGAAAUCGUCAGCCAACGAGGUAGAAUAAUCAAGCAGAAACGAUUUAAGGAUGGUGACGAAGAGGAAUCCACUGGAGGAUCCCCGCCUAAGAAGAAGGCAGCGAAGACGACGACCAAAGCGGCGCCCCUGUCUACUACUCCCGGCACGAAAAAGAACCUGGACGCUUUCGAUAAACUUGCUGACGAACGACUGUUUGUGCUGAAGCUCGAACGACAACUGGUAGAACUGAAUCUGGAGGUAAAAUCCUCGGUAAAGCUGAAUGGUGCCGAUCCAGAACGGUGCGUUAAGCUGAUGGAACAAUAUGAAAAUCUGAGCGUUACUCCAACGAUCCUGAAGAAAAACCCCAACUGUGUCGAAACGAUGAAAAGGUUACGUAAAUACGUCGGCAACGCGAAAGCGUGGAAUCUAGAUGAUAAGCAAAAAUUGAAGUUUGAUUUCCAAGCACAACUAAUACGACAAAAGGCAGAACAGAUAUAUGCCCGCUUUAAGGAUAUUUUGGGAAUGCCAGACUCCGAAAUGCCUUUCUGGGAUUGGUUCGUACAGCAGGUAAACACGUUCGGUCAACGGACGCAGCAUUUGACCCAAGAAGAGCUAUAUCUGCUGUCCGACGAGAAAGAACUGGAAGACUGCAACAUUCAGAAUAGUAACAAUACGACCAAUGCGACGCAUGGCACGCAAGAGACGAAGACCAACAGCUUGACGGCGGAGGAAAAUGAAGGUGCGGACGAAGGGUUUGAUCCGGAGGUUACAGCACCUGAAGAAAGUACGACAAAUGUUGGUGAAUAGAAAUGGGGCGCGUUGGGUUCUUAUUAUCAGCUACUAUUACAACAACAACAACUACUACUACUGCACCCGGAGAUAUCCCUCUCGCGUCACGUGCUAUGUUUUGUCAAUAAUAGUUUAUGGUGGACUCUUUUAAUAGGUGAAUUGGGAUGUGCAUUGGGAUUGUUCGUUGCAAUGUUGAUUUCUCGUUUCCCCUUUUUUUGCCUUUUUGAUUUGUCAGAUACAUAUCUACGGAUUUUGUUUUCGUAGCCCUAUUUUACAGUGUGAACUUGCUUUAAAACCUUCAAAAUUCUUAGUUAAUUGCCACAUUUGUUUAAAAUCCCAAACACACCAUAAACAAUAUAAAUAUUAAGUAUUUUUUAUUAUUCAUACUUACCUAAUUGUCGUAAGUUUGAUUGUGAACAAUCGUUAAAGGAGGACUAUUCGCCUGUGUUCGCUGAAAACAUCAUACCAGUUAAGGACAUGCAUUUGGGACACUUAACUGAUAAUAAAUUCUGUACUAUAACGAAAUAAAACUCCGGCACUUCAACGCACUGGUAUGGUACCAACGACAGGCAAACAAAAUAAUGACAACCUCUCAACCUGGACGGCAGCAAACAGGCAAAGCAAUAAAAUAUCAAAUACGAUCGAUUCCCAUGCUUAGCUAGCGAUAGAACAAUAACUGCUGUACGGUAAUGGAAUCGGUCUGGAAUGCUAAACGAAACACAACAACUCGUUUAGAGUUUAAGUUGCUUACUUUUCGCGCAUGGAAGUUGCGUGCCAGGCAUGUCAUUAGUGCAUCUCAACUCUGCGAACACGAACAAGCGAGAUUAAGUUUCAUACACGGAAAUAAAUUACACUUUCCACGACGGUGUACCGAUCGUGAGCAGAACGAAGUACGGCGUGAGAAGAGUAUCUUAAUAUUAGCAUUAACAAAGUCCCGGUA